AUGAUUGUUGACUUAGAGCCAGGAUCCAGCAUAUCUUAUGUCUUGUCCCAGAGAAAUAUACUUGCAGUUGCAGCAAAGGAUUACGCACUUAUACUAGGAAUGCCUGGAACAGGCAAGACAUCUACGAUGGUGCAUGCUGUGAAAGCCUUGUUGAUUAGAGGUGCAUCCAUUUUGCUUACGUCCUACACAAACUCUGCUGUUUGA